CGGAAGCACAAACCUUGGGGAGCCCGCGGUUCCCCACCGGCGCUGCCCUCCCGGGUCUGCUCUCGCAGCCCUUCCCUCCAACCCCCAGGCCGACAGCCCUGCCCCCCGCAGCCGGUGUCCCAGGGCGGGGACCUCAGGAGGCUCAGGCCCGGCCACUUGGGUCACCUGCUCAUGACCAUGACCUAGGGUCAGACUCCCUGGGCUGGGCUGGACCCUUCCCUUCUUUGGCUCAGUGUUUCAAGCCUUGUGUCCCAUUUAUGCUCAAAUGUCCCGGCCCCUGGGCCUUGCUCUAGACCUUCACCUGCCCGAGGGUUCUCCAGGCAGUGUCCGGAGACCAUCAGGGGCACACGUGGGGCGAGAGCUGCCAGCCAACGUGCCCGCCCCUGGUACCUGCGCGCAGCUCCACAAGUGCCCCUCUCACCUGAGGAGGAACUCGGAGCGGCUGGCACGCACCCGGCGGUGGGGACCUGAGCCAGGAGGCGGGCCGGCCGGCCGGGGACCUCGAGUGCCUGGCAGAGCGGCACGUGCAGCCAGGAGCCCCGCUCCCACCCUGCUCCCGGGGCCCAGGCUCGUGUUCAAUCGGGUGAACGGCCGGCGGCCACCCGCCACGUCCCCAUCCCUCGAGGUGGCCCAGGAGACCUACACAUUGGCCCACGAGGAGAACGUCCGCUUUGUGUCCAAAGCCUGGCAGCAGGUGGAACAGCAACUGGACGGCAGCCCAGCUGGGGAGAGCGGGCCAAGGGCUGUGCAGUACACGGAGAGGACGCCAGACCCCCGACUGCAGGCCCUCUGCUACCCCCCCCAGACUUUGUGCCCAUCGACUUGGACGAAUGGUGGGCGCAGCAGUUCUUGGCUAGAAUCACCAACUGCUCGUAGCCGCUGCGUCGGGAGGAAUGUUGCCCAUGCUGGCCCCGACCCUGCCCCACAGUGGACCCUGUGCCCACCAGAACAGGCCCUGCGUUGCUCUGGGCCUUGCCGGUGCCCACCUCACCUGAAGUGCCAGCAUUUGGACUUUUGCACCUGCUGUUCCCUUGGCCUGACAGCCCCAGGCCGUCAAGGAUGACGGUUGAACUUGUCUGACCUCAAUCCUGCUCACUGUGCCCUGGGCCAGCCCUUGGGGCUGGCAGGGAGGAGCUCCUGGCUAAUAAAGUCGAGAAACUGCCUGUU